AUGGCCGAGCAGGCGACAUUGUCACUUCAGAGUCAACUCAAACUCGCGAAGGACAUGGGUUAUCAAGAAGAUGUCGUUCUUGCUGCACUGGCCACAUUGGAGAAGGACAAAGAAGGGUUGUAUCUACCAUUCGAAAGCACAAACGCCAUGCUAGAUGUCCUGAAUAACACCUCUGUCCGUUUGAGCUCAAGUGAUUCAUUAGGAAAUGGCGUUAACGACCUCAGGACGAAUCGCAGUCCAUCGAAGAACGUGCCGCGUUCGUCGUCGUUCCACGCCGGUUCACCUUCCUCAAGUCCACGAAGUGAACAGCUCUCGCGACUAAUUCGAACAUUCGAACGGGAGAAAAUUCGCGAUCGUGAAGCUGGCCGAUAG